GGGACGGGGACCCGGCCGCUGUGUCCUGUGUAUAUAUAUAAUGUGUGAGACGCUGAUCCCUCACACACCUCCGCCCGCUGCCUCUCAGUUAGAUCCUUGGCCUCACUCCUCUCCUCGAGUCAGAACAUAUCUGCAUUACUUAAGAUUCUAGGAUGCGGGCUUCCAUGGUUGUGUUGGUGUUGACUGUUACACUGGUGGCGGCGGCUCCAGACCCCAACUUGUGGGACCGUGUCCGAGAAGCUGGUCAGGGGGCCGGAGACAUGGUCCGAGCAUAUAAUGACAUGCGGGAAGCCAACUGGCGCAACUCUGACAAGUACUUCCACGCCCGCGGUAAUGCAGACGCCGCCAGCCGUGGACCGGGAGGGCGCUGGGCUUCUGAAGUCAUCAGUAACACUCGGGAGUUUGUAGACCGUCUAAGAGGUCAGGACCCUGCUGACUCCGCCAGGGACCAGGAAGCCAACAGGUGGGGACGCAAUGGUGGUGACCCUAACCGCUACCGCCCUAAAGGCUUACCCCAAAAGUACUAGAGCCCUGAUCCCCUGCCACUACAGCCUCCAACUGCUGCCACCACAGCCUCCAUCCGCCCUUACCACCACAACUUUCCGCCCAAGCAAGAACAGCUUGCAACUUCUGCCGCCACAACUUCCAGCUACUGCUAUCCCCUGUCACCACAAUGGCCUUCCUCCACCACCAUGGCCUCCCUCCACCACCAUGGCCUCCCUCCACCACCAUGGCCUCCCUCCACCACCAUGGCCUCCCUCCACCACCAGGGCCCUCCCUCCACCACAUAUAGGUGACCUUUCCCAAUAGUCAACCUCGUAACCUCUUCACACAAUAUAAUCAAAUUUACAUUAACAACUAAAAUAAAACUUUGCUGCUAUCUUACUUUCUACUUUUUACUUGUAUAAUUUUAAUUAUUGCCAAUGAUAAUAAACUUAUUGAAGGUCA